GAAACGCCUCUCCUCUAUGAAGGGGGCAGUCUGACUGCAUAUGGAGCCACUGCGUACAGCAGACGCCUCUAAACACUCAACUUAUACAGAGACACAACUGUUAGCCGUUUACCUUUCGCGUAAAGACUCAAUUCGACAGCAGACACCAUUGAGAAAGUCUCUCUUCACACUAGCCGCUCCGCGAGAGAAGAAACUCACAAGUGCGCGUGAACAUUCGGCGACCAGCCUCUUCCGUCUCCCGCAGUUCUGGACUCUUUUACACGAAUAAACGAUGACUUACUGCGCGCAAUUCCCACUCAAAACAUCAGAGACUUUCUCACCCAUGCUUAUACGUUAUGUUUGUCUUUUCUGAUAUGGAGGAAGAUGCUUAAAUCCUCUUCAUACAUGCCUGGAAUUUUCUGCUGGGAACAGAAAGUGGGCGUUUUUCUACACCGAAGCACUGGAGGAUUCAUGCGAGUGCUGCAACUUGCAGUUUCAAGUGAGGCAACAUGCAGUAAGUUGGCCGUUUGAAGGAUUUGCAGUUAUCUAAAAUCAGUUGCUGCGUUGCAUUGAUGUUAUGAAGAUGCGCCUGGAUUAAUAUCUCAUUCACACUGAGGUUUUUUAGCGAUAUAUACAGGUCGAUAUGGCACAAGAGAUUGUGUAUGAUAACCGCAGUAUAGUGGUGAAGUACAUCCACCAUAAGCUCUGGAAGAAGGGAUACGUUUGGGAAGUGAAUGGACACGAUGACAGCGUCUCGAACGGACUGAUGAUGGGGAGGCAGGAGGACAGCGGCGUCUCUCCCAGCUCCCGUCACGACCCGUUCAGCGCGCUUCAUAAGGUGCUACGGGAGGCUGGGGAUGAACUGGAGCGGUUAUAUCAGUCGGACUUUGCGGAGAUGUCCAAACAGCUGCAUCUCACGUCCAUCACGGCGCACCAGCGCUUCACCGCAGUCAUAGACGAGCUGUUCAGGGACGGCGUGAACUGGGGCAGAAUCAUCGCUUUUUUCGAGUUUGGAGGGACCGUUUGUGUCGAAUGCGUGAACAAGGAGAUGACGGCGCAGGUGGAUAACAUUGCGGGCUGGAUGACGGAAUAUCUGAACGGGCCGCUGCACGGCUGGAUCCAGGAGAACGGUGGCUGGGAAGCAUUUGUGGAGCUCUACAGCAGGCAGAGGGACUCAGUGUUUCGCAGCUCGUGGUCGUCAAUAGUAACGGUCUUCGGUCUAGCCGCUCUCGGGGCUGUUGGCUUGACCAUAGGAGCCUACCUUGCUCAGAAAUGAGGAACUUUCCCUUCCUUUACUCGCUUGCCCUCUCUCCCUCCAGUCAACUCUCUCCACUCUGUCUAAACCCCCUCCUCUGCUUUCCCCAGAAGACAUCCAUGUCCCAGGACUGCUCCUCUUCAAAGCUUUUCUCCCACUCUCUACAAGUCUUUCUUCUCUGCCUUCAAACACAAAGACAGAAAAGACAGGAAAUGAAUGCACUGCCGACCCAUCAUGAGAGGAUGGCAGAGAAGAUGAAUAAUGAGGUGAAAGAGACAUUGGCGGCAGUGUCAUUGGCAGAAUUAGUUCAGAUCUCAAAGUGAGUUUUAAUUGUAGCACCUGUCGGAUAUUAGUGUUCUUAUACAUAAAAAUGAUGGGAAAAUGCAAAGGACAAGAAACAUCUGGAGGUUUUGAAGAUCUGUGGUGAUUGAAAGUAUCUUUUGAAGACACCAGCACUCUCCAAAUGUCCUUUAACAGUCAGAUUGAUCUUAGGAGACAAUCUGCACUAAACUACCAUCGUUGGUCUUAGUUGUUUUUGUAGGAUUAAUUGUAGCUUGUCUUUUACCAAAUUCAGACUAACGUUUCUUGCGCUAUUGCCGCCAUCCUUGUAUCAUAGUGUAAGAAAGAACCAGAAGAACUGUGAGAAGAAAAAGAGAGAAAUGGCAUGAACGUUAAGGCAAUGUCCCUCUAGCCACUGGAUUUUGAAGAAAUCUCGAGCUCACUGAUUUCAAGAUGGAACAGCGGAAAAUGGGAAGCCAUUUUCUCUUUGUAGCAAUAGCAAUUUAAAGAGCUUUAUUGAGGGCUUAAGAAGGGUUUCCUUGAAGUGCUUGGGGUCAAAAAUUAUACAAAGAGGACCGAAUGGGAAAGUAGUUUUCAGACUUUGAGAGAGCAGAUGCAUGUGAGCUGGUCAAAAGACCUCUAUCUGUACCGUAUGCGCAGAAACGACGCUUUAUUCUUCUUUAAUACUUCAAAUACACUGUUGUCCACUAAUGUUCAUUCAUACACCGCAAGAAGCAGUUGGGUGGAUCUCAAAACUGUCAAGAGCAAGUUUAGGUCAUAUUUCACCCCCCAAAAAAACAAAAACAAACAAAAAAAAAACAAACAAAAAAAACUUACAAAUGUUUGGGGUCAAUGCGAUUUUUUAAAAGAAAUUAAUAAUUAAUAUAUUUAUUCAGCAAGGAUGCAUUAAAUUGAUCAAAAGUGUCAUUAAAGACAUUUAUUAAGUUAUAAAAGACUAUUUUUCUGAAAACCCUGAAAAAUAUCAACACACACACGCACAGGGUCUAAAAUGCGAGUUAAAACCGCCGUUGACAUAUAUAAAGCACAUUUUCCACUACGUUUUUUUACUGUAAUGUAAUUGUUCAAAUUCAAUUUGUUUAUUAUUUAGGGUGAAAUGUGACUGGGACAUGCUUUCAUGAAGUUCCCCUAGUGGUCCAGAUUUUUCAUCACUAUUAUUAUUAUUAUUAUUAUUAUUAUUUAAUUUUCAAAGCAUCAUGUUCAGGGAUCAGUUGGGUUCAGUAUAAACAAAUAGAAAUCUGCAGUAGAAAUCCAUUCUGUGUUCCUUGGAUUUGGUGUUUACAGUUAUAUGUGCAAUCUUUCUGAUGUCUGUUCCCAAAACAGCAUGCUUAAACACAAUCCUGCCGCAUGUAUAAAGGAUUGCCACGCAGAAAAAUGAAAAGUUUAAGACCAAAACCUAUGAACAAGAGCAACUGUAUACAGUGUGUGCCAUGGAUCCAGCUUUGGUGCUUUUGUAUCGGCCGCCUUAGAGUUCACAUGGAACCAAAAUGAAACUUUGGAACAACAAAGGGACUUACAGCGUUCCAAGAAGGCGACGGUUAAUCAAUGUUUGCUCCCCUUAUGUAGUAUCGGAGGUCAUGUGCUGCAUCAUUACCUAUGAUCUCCUCUACAGACAGUGGCAUUGUAUGGGGUGCUAAUGAACUUUUAAGAAAUGGGUGCCCUCUUCAGUAGAUCUUACAUCCUGAACCAGUCAAUGUUACUUGUUAUCUGCCUUCAUGGGCGUAUGUUCAUUUUAUAAUGUGAUACUGUCUAAAAUACAUAUACAGUAUUUUAAUAGGUGGUUGAUAGAUUAAUUUGGAAAUCAAACAUGUCCAGAAAAGCAGAUGAACAGACUACACGUGUAAGAGGAACUUCUACUGACAUGUCUGUAUGUAGUAGCAUGGUCAACCUGUCUGAAAGGAUUGAAGCUUUAUGUAAAACAAGUUAGCUUUCAAAAGGAACAGUUUAUCCGGUUACUAUAGUGUCAUAAAUAGAUGCUGUUUGUCUCUAGUUUACAGUUGUGAUUUUCUCUGACACUAACAUUUGUUAUUGUUUCUAAUAGAUAGAUUUCGCUCUUAUUUCACCUUUAUUUAUUUUUAGGUACCUUAAAACAAUCAUCCAACUGUAAAUUCAAAAGAUCACGUAGAGUUUAUUUCAUUUUUAGGUUUUAGAUUCUCUGAAAGAUUUGGAGCAUAAGUAUCCUAAUUUGCUGAAUCAAUGCUGCUUAAUGUAAAAAUGAUAAAUUCUAUAAAUUACAAUGUAAUUGCCUGUUCUGUGUGGCGAUGUCAUGAAUAUUAAUACUUAAUUUCAUGUAGUCACUGUUUCUACAGCGGUUUAUUUUUCGUCUUAACUGGAGCCCAUUAAAAUCUAUUCUGCUAUUGUA